CCGGCCUGCCGACAUGUGGCAAACCUUGUGACUCAAGUGUUGUGAAUUGUGUACAAGCACAGUGGCCGUGCGUUAACCCCAACCCCUGAUAGUGCUUAACCGGAUUUUUAGUUGGAACGCCCCGCGGCGUGCAAAAGAUUUACGAUGUUGAUAAGGUGUCCGGCGGCACUAUGUGUCGUCGCGUUUCUACUGGCUGCUGUGCAAGCCAGCUCAGAGGGCAACCUUUUCACGUGUCCGAAUGGAUGGGAGUUGAAAGGCUUACACUGUUACAAAUUCUUCAACAUCAGGCAUUCGUGGGAGAAAGCGGCAGAACUAUGUCGAAGGUACGGCAGCGAACUUAUGGUUGUUGAUAGCUAUUCUGAAAACAACAUGACUGCCAGCAUGGUGCCAGCCAGCCCCAGCAACAAUCACUACUGGCUCGGCCUCGCGACGGUCGACGACCUAAGAACGAACACACUCGAGUCAGCUGCUGGUGCUCUAGUCUCACAGUAUGCCGGUUUCUGGGACCUGCGACAACCAAACCCAAAGGAAGGAGAAUGUGUCGACGUUCACGUCACAUCCGAUAGUCAGUCGUGGGAGCUAACGACCUGUGAAACUCUUUUGCCAUUCAUGUGCCGAGCUACUGCCUGCCCUGCCGGAACCUUCCAUUGUUCAAAUGGAAAAUGCAUAAACGCAGCCUUCAAAUGCGACAAGCAAGACGAUUGCGGUGAUGCUUCCGAUGAAAUGGACUGUGCUUCCGAAUGUCACUUCUACAUGGCCAGCAGCGGAGAUGUAGUCGAGAGUCCUAACUACCCUCACAAAUAUCCUCCCUUCAGCGACUGUAAAUGGACUCUCGAGGGGCCACAAGGUCAAAAUAUCGUGUUACAGUUCCAAGAUUUUGAAACUGAAAAGUCUUUCGACACUGUUCAAAUUCUGGUAGGUGGCAGGACCGAAGAUAAAUCUGUAAAUUUAGCGACACUUUCUGGCAAACAAGAUUUAUCUAACAAAAUUUUCGUAUCCGCUUCGAACUUCAUGAUCAUUAAAUUCAGUACAGAUGGUUCAGUAGAAAGGAAAGGUUUCCGCGCAGCUUGGAAGACGGAGUCCUCUAAUUGUGGAGGUAUGCUGAGAGCUACCCCUCAAGGUCAAGUACUAACUUCACCCGGCUACCCCAAUGGUUAUCCUGGUGGUCUAGAAUGCGUUUACGUGAUUGAAGCGCAACCAGGUAGAAUAGUCUCAUUAGAAGUCGAGGACCUAGAAUUGGGAAUGAACAGGGAUUACAUCGUUAUUAAAGAUGGUAAUACUCCAUCGAGCCCUGUAUUAGCCAGGUUAACUGGACCAGGUGAAGAAAAUCAAAAGGUUGUGAUAUCGACAACGAACCAUCUGUACAUGUACUUCCGAACGAGUCUUGGCGAUUCCAAGAAAGGAUUCAACAUGAGAUAUUCUCAAGGCUGCAGAGCAACAAUAAUUGCAGCAAAUGGCACCGUUACAUCACCUGCAUAUGGUCUCACAAGUUACCCGAAUAAUCAAGAAUGUUUAUAUAGAAUCAAGAACCCUAACGGUGGUCCACUUUCGUUAAAAUUCGACGAAUUUAACAUUCACCCAUCCGACAUAGUGCAAGUGUUUGACGGAGCAAGCACAAGUGGCUUAAGAUUACAUUCUGACAAUGGAUUCACCGUGAAACCAAGAAUAACACUGACUGCUUCCAGUGGCGAAAUGUUGAUGCGAUUUAUGUCUGAUGCUUUGCAUAAUGGAAUGGGUUGGAAGGCGACGUUCUCGGCAGAUUGCCCUACACUUAAAUCCGGACUUGGUGCUUUAGCGUCAAACAGAGAUACCGCCUUUGGAACAGUUAUAACAUUCUCAUGUCCGACUGGACAAGAAUUCGCCACAGGGAAAUCUCGUAUCACAACAAAAUGUUUAGACGGAGGAAAAUGGUCAACGACUUACAUUCCUAGCUGUCAAGAGGUAUAUUGUGGUCCAGUCCCACAAAUCGAUAAUGGAUUUUCAAUUGGCUCCACUAACGUGACUUAUCGAGGUGUUGCAACUUACCAAUGUUAUGCUGGAUUUGCUUUCCCGACUGGACAGCCUAUUGAGAGAAUCUCAUGUCUUGCUGAUGGCCGAUGGGAAAGAACACCAACUUGUUUGGCAUCACAAUGCGUAGCUCUUCCGGAUGUCCCUCACGCCAAUGUCACAAUAUUAAACGGUGGAGGCCGUAGCUACGGUACUAUUGUUCGAUAUGAGUGCGAACCUGGUUACGUAAGAUCUGGACAGCCGGUACUGCUCUGUAUGAGCAAUGGAACUUGGUCGGGAGAUGUACCAACGUGCUCAAAGGCUUUAUGCCCCAAAUUCCCAGAAAUUAAAAACGGGUUCAUCGUUGAUCAGACUAGGAUUUACAUGUUUGGUGACGAAGCCCGUGUUCAAUGUUUCAAGGGAUACAAACUGAAUGGACCUAGCGUGCUUAAAUGUGGACCCAACCAAGAAUUUGAUAACCCACCAACUUGUGAAGAUAUCAAUGAGUGCGCAAAUAGCCAAUGUGACACAGCCUCAACUGAAUGUAAAAACACUCAGGGUGGUUUCUUCUGUCCCUGCAAACCUGGCUUUGCGCCAAGCUUAGACUGCAGACCUGUAGGUGAUUUGGGAUUAAUUAAUGGUGCCAUUCCUGAUGAGUCAAUAACAACUUCUGCUCCAGAACCUGGAUAUACCAGAGGCAUGGUGCGUUUGAAUAAUGGCGGUGGCUGGUGUGGAAAUAACUUAGAAGCCGGAGCUAACUGGAUUCUCAUAGACUUAAGAGCACCGACGAUCAUCAGAGGAUUCAGAACAAUGAGCGUCAUGCGCGCCGACGGCAACAUUGCAUUCACUUCUGCUAUCAGAAUUCAAUACACUAACGACUUGACUGAUGUCUUCAAAGACUACACUAAUCCUGAUGGCACUGCAGUUGAAUUCCGAAUUUUGGAGCCCACUCUAUCUGUACUCAACUUGCCAGUACCAAUUGAAGCUCAGUACGUCAAGUUCAAAAUCCAAGAUUAUGUUGGCGCACCAUGUCUGAAGGUCGAAGUUAUGGGCUGUGCCAGAUUGGAUUGUUUAGAUAUCAAUGAAUGCAGUGAAAAUAACGGUGGAUGUGAUCAGAAAUGUCUAAACACGCCCGGAAACUUCUCGUGUGCUUGCAACAUUGGUUACGAACUUUAUUCAUCUAACGGCACAGCUGGAUUUGCAAUUGAAAAAUCAGAAACAGGUGAACGAGAUGGAGAUACAUACCAAAGGAACAAAUCCUGUGUACCAGUUAUGUGCCCGCCUCUGGGACCUCCUGAAAAUGGAAAACUACUGUCUACGAAGAAUUCUUACCACUUUGGAGAUAUUGUUCAGUUCCAGUGUGACUUUGGAUUUGUCAUGUCUGGAUUCUCGUCACUUCUUUGUACUUCCAGUGGGACUUGGAACGGUACAGCACCUGAGUGUCAAUAUGCUCGCUGCGUGACAUUAUCUGAUGAUAAGAACGACGGUUUGAAGGUAAUCAGAGACGACCCAGAAAGCGUGCUGGUUCCAUACAGGGACAACGUAACAAUCACCUGUACAUCACCAGGAAGACAGCUAAGAAACACAGUAACAUCGUCUUUCAGGCAGUGCGUGUAUGAUCCUAAACCGGGUCUACCCAAUUACUGGUUUUCGGGAGCUCAACCUCAAUGUCCAAGAAAGGACUGCGGUACUCCUAUGCCUACGCCAGGAGCUGAAUACGGCCAGUACCCUGACACUAAAUACCAAAGCUCUUUCUUCUUUGGAUGCCAAAACACCUUCAAGCUGGCAGGACAAACAAGCAAACACGAUAAUGUAGUCAGAUGUCAAGCUAAUGGUAUUUGGGAUUUCGGAGAUUUAAGAUGUGAAGGUCCAGUGUGUGAAGACCCAGGCAGGCCAGCAGACGGUUACCAAAUUGCAAGAAGCUACGAACAAGGAUCUGAAGUGCUAUUUGGCUGUUCCAGGCCAGGUUACAUACUGAUCAACCCAAGACCUAUAACUUGUAUACGAGAGCCUGAAUGUAAAGUAAUCAGGCCUCUUGGACUUGCAUCUGGCAGAAUACCCGACUCUGCAAUAAACGCGACAUCUGAAAGACCUAACUACGAAGCCAGGAACAUCAGGCUCAACUCAGUAACUGGUUGGUGUGGCAAGCAAGAAGCUUUUACUUACGUCAGCGUUGACUUAGGAAAAGUAUACAGAGUUAAAGCUAUACUUGUCAAGGGUGUCGUUACCUCUGACAUUGUAGGCAGACCAACAGAAAUAAGAUUCUUCUACAAACAAGCUGAAAAUGAGAACUACGUGGUUUACUUCCCCAAUUUCAACCUAACAAUGAGAGAUCCUGGAAACUAUGGUGAACUAGCGAUGAUCACUUUGCCCAAAUUCGUACAAGCUAGAUUCGUGAUUUUGGGUAUUGUGAGCUUCAUGGAUAACGCUUGUCUGAAAUUCGAACUCAUGGGUUGCGAUGAACCAGCUACAGAUCCUCUGUUAGGUUACGAUUAUGGAUACUCACCUUGCGUCGAUAACGAGCCUCCAGUUUUCCAAAACUGUCCUCAACAACCAAUCGUAGUACAAACUGAUGUCAAUGGAGGUCUGUUACCAGUCAACUUUACUGAACCUACAGCAACAGACAACUCGGGUGCUAUUGCAAGAUUAGAAGUUACACCGCAACACUUUAGAACACCUAUCCAAGUAUUCCACAAUAUGGUGGUGCGAUACGUCGCAUUUGACUUCGAUGGUAACGUAGCUAUUUGCGAAGUCAACAUCACUGUACCAGACUACACUCCUCCAAAACUCAGCUGCCCACAGAGCUACGUUAUAGAACUAGUUGACAAACAAGACAGUUAUGCAGUUAACUUCAACGAUACGAGAAGGAGAAUAAAUGCAACAGAUGCGUCUGGGGAAGUUUUCCUCAAAUUCAUUCCGGAAAGAGCUGUCAUUCCUAUUCGCGGAUAUGAAAAUGUAACUGUUAUCGCUUCAGACAAAUACGGAAACCGAGCUCAGUGCAACUUCCAAGUAUCCGUUCAAGCCACACCUUGUGUAGAUUGGGAACUUAUGCCACCGGCUAAUGGUGCUAUGAACUGCUUACCUGGCGAUCGAGGAAUUCAAUGUAUUGCCACGUGUAGUCCUGGAUUUAGAUUCACCGAUGGCGAACCCGUUAAAACGUUCGUCUGCGAAACUAAACGUCAGUGGGUGCCAACUUCAGUUGUGCCGGAUUGUGUUUCUGAAAAUACUCAGCAAGCUGCUUACCACGUCGUCUCUACUGUUCAGUACCGUGCUCUAGGAGCUGUUUCCAACGCUUGCUUACCCAAAUAUAAAGACUUGGUUGCACAAUACGACAACGUAUUAAAUGAAAGGCUUACCCAACGUUGCUCAGCCGUAAACGUUAACAUAAACGUUACAUUUGUCAACGUAAUACCCACACUACUUGACGAAAAUGUCGUCAAAAUGGACUUUGUAUUAGCCAUCAUACCAGCUGUGCGACAAACUCAGCUCUACGAUCUGUGUGGUUCGACAUUAAACCUCAUAUUUGAUUUAUCUGUGCCAUAUGCCAGUGCUCUUAUUGAACCCGUCCUGAAUGUAUCGUCUAUUGGCAACCAAUGUCCACCAUUGAGAGCGAUCAGAAGUUCCAUCACUAAAGGAUUCACUUGUAGCGUCGGCGAAGUAUUGAAUAUGGAUACGAACGAUGUUCCGAGAUGCUUACACUGUCCGGCUGGAACGUUUGCGGAAGAGAAACAAAAGACCUGUACAAUGUGUCCUCGCGGUUUCUUCCAAAAUCAAGCUCGCCAAGGAUCAUGCCUCAAGUGUCCGCAAGGUACAUUCACUAGAGAGGAAGGCUCUAAAGACAUCAAUGAUUGUAUACCUGUAUGUGGAUACGGUACAUACUCGCCAACAGGAUUAGUCCCUUGCUUGGAAUGUCCUAGGAACAGUUACACAGGAGAACCACCUCUAGGAGGAUUCAAAGAUUGUCAAGCCUGCCCCGUUAACACCUUCACAUACCAGCCAGCUGCCCCUGGAAGAGAUAGGUGCAGGGCUAAAUGCGCACCUGGUACUUAUUCACCAACUGGCUUAGCUCCAUGCUCUCAGUGCCCAAGGAACUUCUACCAAAACCUGGUUGGUCAAACAUUGUGUAUGGAAUGUCCCACGAACAUGAAAACUGUAGGAACUGGAUCGACAGGCUUGGAAGAAUGUUUACCGGUAGAAUGCUCAAACAGUGCUUGUCAACAUGGAGGUCUAUGCGUACCUAAAGGUCACGGAGUACAGUGUUAUUGUCCUGCUGGAUUCUCCGGACGCAGAUGUGAAAUUGACAUUGACGAAUGCGCCAGCCAACCCUGUUACAACGGUGGUACUUGUACCGAUCUGCCACAAGGCUAUCGCUGCUCUUGUCCAACGGGAUACGGAGGCAUCAACUGCCAAGAAGAAAGAUCCGAUUGUAGAAACGAUACCUGUCCCGAAAGAGCCAUGUGCAAAGAUGAACCUGGAUACGAUAACUACACCUGUCUUUGCAGGUCAGGAUAUACUGGCGUUGAUUGUGACAUCACGAUUGAUCCGUGCUCGGCUAACGGAAAUCCUUGCACUAAUGGCGCAAGUUGCAUUGCUCUUCAACAAGGUCGAUACAAGUGCGAAUGCUUACCAGGCUGGGAAGGACAACUCUGUGAAAUCAAUACUGACGAUUGUAUCGAAAAACCUUGUCUGCUAGGCGCUCCUUGUACUGAUUUAGUUAAUGACUUUAGUUGCGCAUGUCCACCAGGUUUCACAGGAAAACGAUGCCAUGAAAAGAUAGACCUUUGCUCAAAUGAACCUUGUAAACACGGUAUAUGCGUAGAUAAACUCUUUAUUCAUCAAUGCAUCUGUGAUCCAGGCUGGAGUGGUCCUUCUUGUGAUAUUAACAUCAACGAAUGUGUUAUUUCUCCUUGUGAGAAUGGCGGCCAAUGUAUUGAUGGCAUCGAUGAUUUCAACUGUAUUUGCGAAGCUGGUUACACAGGCAAGAGAUGCCAGCAUACCAUUGACGAUUGCUCUUCCAACCCUUGCCAGAACGGUGCAUCGUGCGUUGACCAAAUUGAUGGAUUUAUUUGUAAAUGCCGUCCAGGAUACAUAGGUCUUCAAUGUGAGACAGCAAUUGAUGAAUGUCUGAACGAACCUUGCAACGCUGUCGGCACUGAGAAAUGCAUUGAUCUUGAUAAUAAGUUCGAGUGCGUCUGUAGGGAAGGUUUUACGGGAGAAACUUGUGAAACCAAUAUCGAUGACUGUGCUUCGGACCCAUGCUUCAACGGUGGAUCAUGCAAAGAUGAUAUAGGCGACUACAAGUGUGCCUGCCAACCAGGAUGGACUGGCAAACGCUGCGAGCAUGAUAUUGGCAACUGCAUGAACUUACCUUGUCAAAACCAUGCGAAAUGCAUCGAUCUCUUCCAAGACUUCUUCUGCGUUUGCCCAAGUGGAACCGACGGUAAACAAUGUGAGACCGCUCCUGAAAGAUGUAUUGGAAGCCCAUGCAUGCACGGCGGAAAGUGCCAAGACUUCGGAUCUGGCCUCAACUGCACAUGUUCGCAAGACUACACUGGAAUUGGUUGCCAAUAUGAGUUCGACGCAUGUGAUGCUGGUCUCUGCCAGAACGGAGCCACUUGUGUAGAUGAAGGCGAAGGUUACAACUGCAUUUGCGCUCCAGGCUUCCAAGGAAAGAACUGUGAUGAAGACAUUAUCGAUUGUAAAGAGAACUCGUGCCCACCUUCUGCAACAUGCAUCGAUUUGCCAGGAAGAUUCUAUUGCCAAUGUCCAUUCAAUCUUACGGGUGACGAUUGCAGAAAAACUAUAAGUGUAGAUUACGACCUCUACUUCAGUGACCCAUUGCGAUCGAGUGCGGCUCAAGUGGUGCCAUUCGAUACAGGAUCGGCUGAUAGUUUGACCGUAGCUAUGUGGGUGCAAUACACGCAACAAGACGAAGGCGGAGUAUUCUUUACAGCAUACAGUGUUAGCAACUCCCACAUUGCUCUAAACAGAAAGCAAAUUAUUCAAAUGCAUUCAAACGGCGUCCAAGUUUCACUUUUCCCGGAACUGCAAGAUGUUUACCUAAGCUUCGGAGAAUUUGCAACAGUAAAUGACGGACAAUGGCACCAUGUCGCUUUAGUCUGGGACGGUAACAACGGCGGUGAAUUAACACUCAUCACUGAAGGUUUGAUUGCUAGCAAGCUUGAAGGUUACGGAAGCGGACGAACACUAUCACAAUAUGUAUGGGUAACACUUGGCAAGCCUCAAUCUGACAACCCGAAGGCAUACACCGAAGCCGGAUUCCAGGGCCAUCUAACUAAAGUACAAAUAUGGAACCGUGCCCUCGAUGUGACAAAUGAAAUCCAGAAACAGGUCCGUGACUGCAGGACUGAGCCCGUCUUGUACAGCGGUCUGGGUCUCACAUGGGCUGGAUAUGACGACCUUCUUGGAGGAGUUGAGAGAAUAGUGCCAUCUCAUUGUGGUCAACGAGUUUGUCCCAACGGUUAUUCCGGAUCUAAAUGCCAGCAAUUGCAAGUAGACAAAGAGCCACCAAGAGUAGACCGAUGCCCCGGUGAUCUGUGGGUAAUUGCGAAGAACGGAUCUUCUGUUGUUAGCUGGGAUGUACCUCAAUUCAGUGACAAUGUCGGUGUUGCUAAGGUUGUUGAGAAAUCUGGUCACCGGCCUGGACAAAACCUUGCGUGGGGAGCGUAUGAUAUUGCUUAUAUCGCGUAUGAUGCUGCAGGCAACGCGGCUACUUGCACAUUCAAAGUUACUGUUUUGGCUGAAUUCUGUCCACCACUACCUGAUCCACUGGGAGGUUACCAAUCAUGUCGCGAUUGGGGUGCCGGUGGACAAUUCAAAGUAUGUGAAAUCGCCUGUCGCGACGGCCUUAGAUUCUCUCAACCUGUACCACCAUUCUACACAUGCGGAGCUGAAGGAUUCUGGAGACCAACUACCGAUCCAUCCCUGCCACUGGUCUACCCUGCCUGCUCACCGGCUUCACCAGCUCAGCGUGUCUUCAAGAUAUCGAUGUUGUUCCCAAGCUCAGUACUCUGUAACGAUGCCGGACAAGGUGUGCUUCGCCAGAAAGUUCGCAGCGCCAUUAACCAGCUUAACAGAGACUGGAACUUCUGUUCUUACGCUGUUGAUGGUACCCGCGAGUGUAAGGAACUGGACAUCAAUGUGAAAUGUGACCACCGCGCGAACUCCAGGCAGACGAGACAAGUAUCCACCCCUCCCGCGGUACCUGCUGAAGAUACCUAUGUACUGGAUGCCAUCAUACCCGUCGAAGAGACACGAAGCAGUAGGGAGGGUCGUCAGGUUGGCGAUACGUACAACGUUGAGAUCUCUUUCCCGUCUGUCAACGAUCCAGUAAUUCACAAUGGAAACAACGAACGGUCUACCGUGCAACGAUUAUUGGAGAAACUGAUUCUCGAAGACGAACAAUUCGACGUGAGGAACAUUCUACCUAACACAGUACCUGAUCCGGCAAGCUUGGAACUAGUUUCGGACUAUGCCUGCCCUACUGGACAAGUUGUUAUGGCCCCUGAUUGUGUGGCAUGUGCGGUUGGUACCUUCCUGGAUGCCGCUAGCGAUACCUGCAAACCUUGCCCACAAGGAACAUACCAAUCAGAAGCAGGACAGGUACAAUGUACUGCGUGUCCUGCCAUCGCUGGACAACCUGGAGUUACACAGUCUACCGGAGCCCGUAGUGCUGCGGACUGCAAAGAGAGAUGCGCUGCUGGUAAAUACUACGAUGCUGAGGCUGACCUCUGCCGUCCUUGUGGUCACGGUUCAUACCAACCUCGCGAAGGUGCCUUCUCUUGCAUGUCCUGCCCUAGAGGUCAAACAACUCGUGCUACAGAAGCCGUAUCGGCAGCUGAAUGCAGGGAUGACUGUCCCUCAGGAGAACAACUAAGCAGUGAUGGUGGCUGCGAGCCUUGCCCACGAGGCACAUGGCGCGCCAAUGGAUCGGGAGCAGCGUGUGCACCUUGUCCCCCGGGCACCACUACGCCUAAAUCCGGAGCGUCAUCCGCUGACCAAUGCUCUCUACCCGUCUGCAGACCUGGCUCAUACCUCAACGUCACCUUGAACACAUGUGUUCAGUGCAGAAAAGGAACCUAUCAAUCAGAGGCCCAACAGACAGUCUGCGUCCCUUGUCCAAUCAACACAAGUACGAGAGGCCCUGGUGCUACAUCAGAGUCAGAAUGCACGAACCCAUGUGAGAUGAGUGGCCCGGAAAUGCACUGCGAUGUCAAUGCUUAUUGCCUUUUGAUACCGGAGACAAGCGAGUUCAAGUGCCAAUGCAAGCCGGGCUUUAACGGCACUGGAAAAGUCUGUUUAGAUGUAUGUCAAGACUUCUGUGACAACGGAGGCGAAUGCGUGAAGGACGCGAGAGGUGAACCUUCUUGUCGCUGCACUGGCUCGUUCACCGGGCGCCACUGCAGAGAAAAGAGCGAGUUCGCCUACAUCGCCAGCGGAGUCGCAGGAGGAGUGAUCUUCAUCAUAUUCUUAGUGCUGCUUGUAUGGAUGAUUUGUGCGAGAUCGACAAAGAAGAAGGAACCAAAGAAGACAUUAACACCAGCUAUCGACCAAAACGGCUCCCAAGUGAACUUCUACUACGGAGCGCAUACGCCGUACGCGGAGUCCAUAGCACCUUCACAUCACUCCACGUAUGCACACUAUUAUGAUGACGAGGAAGACGGUUGGGAGAUGCCCAACUUCUACAACGAAACCUACAUGAAGGAAAGCCUUCAUAAUGGCAUGAAUGGCAAAAUGAACAGCUUAGCGCGAUCCAACGCCAGCAUAUACGGGACAAAGGAAGACCUCUACGACAGACUAAAGAGGCAUGCGUACCCGGGUAAGAAAGAUAAGAGUGACAGCGACAGUGAAGGUCAGUAAGUGUAACAAGGGACUGCGUUUUGUCGUAUUCUGGUCAAUCUUACAUAAUACUUCGUACUAGUUUCAAUUCUCGGUGUCCCCGGCAGCAACAGUUCACAUCAUUGCGCACUACAUACGGCGACAAUGUGUAGCUCGCGACACAACCGAGGGUUCAGUAUGUUAUUGUAGAAUGUCGUAUUCUAUUAGCUUUAUUAAGAAUUUUAGUUGUAACGUUAUGUGUAUUAACACACUCACUGUUUAAAUUACAGCCCCCACCAAAUAUACUUAUUUAAACAAAAAUAUCGUCACAAAAGUCAAAGUUUAUUGAAGGCGUUACAUUAUUUCUAAAACAGUGAUUGUGUUGAUGUUCUUAAAUAAUCAUCGACGAACAAAAUGCUCAAGUACUUUAAGGCGAACACUGCCAUAUCCGAAGCAGGGAGUACUCACAAUUAUCAACGAAUAUUGUAAAAAUUACAUUCCAACAACAUUCCGAUUUAUAAUCGUGUAAAUAUAAUGUUAUAAAAUAUUUUGUAUAUUUUUUUAGAAAUCUGUUCUUGUAAUGUUAGUAAUAAUUACUUUAGUGGAACAAUUAGCGUAACGUUUAAUUGUUACUAACAUUAGGAACGGCUAGGUAAUAUAAAUUAACGGUUUAUGUUUUGUAAUAUAAACUGGACUGUAUUAUUAUAAUUCUGUGUAUGAAUGUGAGUGUGUGCUAUGUGACAGUGAAAUGUAUAGAAUGAUAUUUUUUUAUAAUUAUCACGUGAAUAUAUGGGACAUGUAUUAUAUACGUUUUGUAUUAAAGUAUUUUUAAGCUGAUAGAAUUUAUAGUAAAUACAUAAUCUUCCUAACCCUGAAUACUGAACGUACUAGGAUCAACAGUAACAAAAUAUAUAAGAGAGUAAGACUAGUUCUAGUUGACAUAUAUCCCUUUGUACGUACCUAAAGAAAUGUUAUAGUGAAAUACUCAAAGAUUCUUCAUCAGGUGGUCAAUAUUCCAUCACAAUUUAUUACCACGUUAGUGAUUACAUAAUAAAGAUAUUUUUUUUUUUACAAAAAUUUUAAUGAAAUAAAUUUUAAUACGUAUAUUUAUUAA